UGUUCUAGAAGUCAACCAUCACUGCAGCCUUCUGUCACUCGGGUCUUUGUGACCAAAGAGUGGCCCGACUGAACCCUGUCUUCAGUGCAAGAAAUUUGCUAAAAACAAUCGUCAAUGGCUUCUAAUUGAUGAAAUAUAUAAGAUUCUUUGGUCUGAUAAGAUCAAGUUCGAACCUUUUUGGUGUUCAUUCCAAGUGGUAUGUGUGGAGAAAACUAGGCACUGCUCAUGACCCCAGCUGCAGGGACAGGAUGACCAGUUGCAGUCAAAGGAAAGAUGAAUGUGAUAAAGUACCGGAAUAUCCUGGACCAAAACCUUCUCCAGAUUGCGCAGGGCCUCAGACUGAAGCUUCACCUUCCAACAGGACAAUGACCCUUCGCACACUCUGUAUCUGUUCUUGAAUAGCCCAGGCAGAUCCCCGACUUAAACCCAAUCCAGCAGAUGUAAAAAUAGCUGUCUCCCAAGAUUUCCCCAUCCAACCCAUCAGAACUGGAGAGGAUCUGCAAGGAGGAAUGGCAGAAGAAACCCAAAUCCAGAGUCCCCAAGCGGGGGCGGGGGCGGGGGCGGCGCAGGUCGCAGGUCGCAGUUGCCACUGUGAGCGGCACCGUGCACGCCACGUUGGAAGAAAGACGAAGGAGACCACCACAACCACCGCCAAACCUGCUCAGAUACAUUGUCGGUGAGUUCAAGGUUCAUCACCCACCAUGGCGGACGAAGCGGAUAUGCGCAAUGAGCUGGCUGACCUGCAGACCCGCGCCGACCAGAUCGCCGACGAGUCUCUGGAGAGCACUCGCCGCAUGCUGGCUCUGGUGGAGGAGAGUAAAGAUGCUGGCAUCAGGACUCUGGUGAUGUUGGACGAGCAGGGAGAGCAACUCGAUCGCGUGGAGGAGGGCAUGAACAAGGUCAACGCAGACCUGAAGGAGGCCGAGAAAGAUUUAAAAGAUAUAGGCCAGUGCUGUGGGCUCAUAUGCCCGUGUAUUAAAAAGAUUAAGGGCGGCGGCCAGGCCUGGGGAGGCAACCAGGACGGUGUGGUCAACAGCCAGCCUGGCGCUCGGGUGGUUGACGAGCGCGAGCAGAUGGCCAUCAGCGGGGGCUUCAUUCGCAGGGUAACAGAUGACGCCCGGGAGACCGAGAUGGACGAGAACUUGGAGCAAGUGGGCGGCAUCAUCGGCAACCUGCGUCACAUGGCCCUAGACAUGGGCCAGGAGAUCGACACCCAGAACCGCCAGAUCGACCGCAUCAUGGAGAAGGCCGACUCCAACAAGACCCGAAUCGACGAGGCCAACCAGCGUGCGACAAAGAUGUUGGGCAGUGGCUAAAAAGCAGCACCCUGCACACAUAAACACAGACAUACACACACAUGUUCACACAAGUACAGAGAUACACAC